AUGAUGUUCGACGCUCUUUCUCCAAGCACAACGACGAGAGCAAACUCGGAGAUGGACGAUUCCCCUACACGACCUGAAAAGGAUCCGAGAACCUCGUUGCAUCACCUCUUAGACAACAACCCCAUCUCUCGAACGAGCACCCCACCUGCAUCACGGCCGACUGACGCUGGCACUAUCACCACCACCAACCCAACCGAAAUGACCGACGACGACGAGGUGAAAACUCCCCGGGGACCAGCCCUGGGACUAGGACUAGCAGCAGCGGCAGCGUCGGCAUCAACGUCAGCAUCAGCAGCCCAAUCGAAACCUGCUGCCAGCAACAAUUCGCGCAAGCGCAAGGAACCCCUUAUGAAUAACAUCACAAAUUCCAACUACGUCGGCAACAAAAUCAAACACUUGAAGAAGGAUGAUGGAGAGCCGCUGUGGCGACGAGAUAUCCAAUAUGACUUCCUCAAAGCCGUCUUCGACAAUGACCGAAAGGUUUUCACGAAUAGCUACGACCCCAGCCCGUUAAAACAAAGCUUUGCGGAUCUGUACAUCGAUACAAUGGCCCGGAGCACGAAGACGAGUAAGAUUUUGAGGGACAAGCUAUUUUCGGAGCAUGAGCCAGCGAAGAACAUGGCUAUGGUGUGUCUAUUGGUCAAUUUGGGUCGGAUGAACACUACGUUGAAUUUCUUCCCUGAAAUGCGCGCCCAGCUUCGAACCUAUCAUGCCAUCCCAUCGCUACAAGCACACCAAGACCCAAAUUCAUACAAGCAGCUCCAGGAUGCUCCGAGACUCAAGUCGAUACUGAAGGGAGCCUCGGAGGAUCGACGGGAGCCCAAUUCCCUUGAGAAGAUCAAAACUACCCCCAUCCCCCGAACGAACCCAGUGAACCUCAUCUUCGUCCUUGCCCAGUUUGCCCCGAAGGUCACGGAGCUGCAUUUUCCUCCUGAGAGAGACUUCUACGAUAUCCUGAUGGCGGAAGACGUGUCUAGUGAGUCUCGGGCCACAGCAUUCUUAUGGUUGAUGUGGUUCUAUCUGGAAUCCGACUUCACUGAAGAGGGAGCAGACGAGAAUCCUUUUGGCCCUGGUAUUGAUUACGAUCUUGAUGUCCGGAAUCAAGGUGUUCCUCGGUACAAGUUCCUCACGCCCGAAGAGCAAGCAGAGGAAAACGUAGAUACUCCAGAGGAACUCGAGUACGGUCUCUCCAAACAGCGGGAGAGAAAGCGAAUCAUCGAAGCCGACCAAGCUACUUUUACAAGCGAACUUGGCCCACCGAAGCGAGGUCCAAAGCCAAAGCUUCACCUGCCUCUUGAGGAAGGCGGGCCAAGUCCGGCGUCUCUGCUUGGCCGUCACAUGAAGCCAAAGUAUGAGUCCGACAUGGACAGCACCCGCUCUACUCCUCCGCCUCGAUCUCUGGGAGGUAUGCGAAUCCAGAGCGUACUUAACGCCGGAAAGAGCCGUGGAGGCCUCAAAAAUCAAAUAGCGGAGGGAUCCUCGCCCACUGGCCAUCAUGUUGGAGAGCCAGUUAUGCGUCGCUCCCGACCACUCACUCAGCACCAGAUCCGCGUCCAACAGCAUCAUAAUCAGCGAGUAAAUCACAUUCUCUCCCGUGGUAUGCGCGCCCAGCAUCACGUCUUCAAAAAACGACGAAGGAAUGACGGUGCUCUAUGGCGCUCUUACCAGCGGACUGAACGCAUGACGGAUCCUCUCGACGAUAGUGAAGACGAGGCUGCCCUCAUGAAACCUGCUUUCCCUUUCAAAGAGCGUGGAAUGGGAGGUUUGGUACAGCUAGCUGAGGAGGAAGACGAUUUUGGCGAAGAGUUGGCCGCUUACGGUAAAGCCUUUAGGCGUAUGAUCAGAAGACUCGAUCGCUGGGAGGCCAAUAAGGACCCGAAUUUUGGAGUUAUGGGCACCAACCGCGUCAAUGGCAACGGCGCUGAACAAGAUAACGACGAGACUGAAGACGAGCAGCCUGCUGAACGCGGUCAGAACUCCAAGCCAAGAGCUAACGGCCACGCUCGGAUGGAUCGGGAAGAGGACCUCGACGAUAUGGAUAAGGAGAUAUUGGGUAUGGAGGGUGAUGAAGGGGAAGGAGAAGCGGAGGGCGAGGGCGAGGGCGAGGGUGAGGGCGAGGGCGAGGGCGAGGGCGAGGGCGAGGGUGAGGGUGAGGGUGAGGGUGAGGGCGAGGGUGAGGGCGAGGGCGAGGGCGAGGGCGAGGGCGAGGGUGAUGCGGACGAGGACGAGGAUUUAGAUGACGAUGAGAAGGAGCUUCUAAAUCUUGGCGAUGUUGUCGAGACUGAUGACAGUGAUGGAAUGGACGUUGACUGA